AUGUCCAGCACCGCCUGCGCUGGCAUCCAGUGCAAUUCUGCUUGUAUGACGGUCCAGGAGGCGACCACGCAAUCGCAGACACAUAUUCUGCGCGGGGCUGCUUUAGGAGGCCUCUCCGGCUGCUUCGCCAAGACCAUGGUCGCUCCACUGAGCAGAAUUGUGAUCCAAAUGCAACUGUUUCCUCUCCACGGAGCCGAGGUGGCUGGGAUCCGGUCCACUGCACGUAGCAUCUACGCCGAAGGGGGGCUGCGCGCAUUCUGGAGAGGCAACGGCGCCAUGCUCGGCCACCGCUGCGUUACCAACGGCUGCAUUUUUCCCGUCAACGAGCUCUUCAAGAAGUGGUUGCAGCCGCUGCCCACACACCAGAGGGAUUUUCUGGCAGCGCUGGCGGGCUCUGUAGCAGGUACCACAGCAGGCCAACCUUUAGAUGUGGUGAAAACCAAGCUCUCAGCCAGCCGUAGGUUUGGCUAUGAGAGCAUCUGGCAAACGGUUGCACGCGUCUCGCGGGAAGAAGGCUGGCGGGGCUUUUACGCCGGGUUCAAGAUCUCUUGCGGCACCAUCAUCCCGACUGUCACGGUUUGUUUCUUCCUGAAGGAUUACUUCCGGGACUCUCAUCUGGUGGGACUUCUCUCCUCAAGGAGCGGGGGCUGGAUCCCGCCGGUGGUCUUGUCUGGGGCGGCCGGCGGCAUCGGCGCGGCGCUGCUGACCUUCCCUUUAGAUGCAUGGAAACGGCAAGCGCAGAUGGCCGGCGGAAACCAGCUCUGGCAAAACGAAAUUGCGCUGACGACAGGUCCCGUGGGUGUGAAGACAAACCGUGUUUUUCUGGCAUGGCAGUAUCUGACUCGUCACUACCAUGGCCUUCCUUGCGAGCUCAUAAAGGUCAGCCUGAACACAGGCAUUAUGUUCGGCCUUUAUGAAAAAAUGAGCCGCUUCGCGGACAGCAACACUGUGCGGGCAAAUUGA